AUUCACCCAUUCUGAUAAUCUGAUUCGUUUCGUUUCGUAGGACCCAAAACUCGCGACGGGUUGUUUCGUUUCCUUCGCCGACUUCCCCGGAGGCGUCGCCUGCUGCCUGCAGAAUCAAUGCCCCUUCCCUCGCGGAAUCGAUCUCCGGAACGUUUCUUCAAGUGGAUCGUGGUGGUCGGAAGUUCGUUUCCCUUAUUUUGUUCUGGCGAUGAAAAGAUUGAUCUUUGAAUGGUCGCAAGACGAAAUUCUAGCGGUGGUUUGGUCGUAGCGGUUUGGUUGGAUUGAUGGUUGCAUGGGCUCUUGGUAAGCUUUAUUUGGAGUUUGUGUCGGCAUGGGAGUCGAUUACUACAACGUACUGGAGGUUGGUAGGAGCGCCAGCGAUGAGGAACUCAAGAAAUCUUACCGGAAGCUGGCGAUUCGAUGGCACCCGGACAAGAACCCUAAUGAUAAGGCGGCCGCCGAGGCCAAGUUCAAAGAGAUUGCUGAAGCCUAUGAUGUGCUCAGCGAUUCAAAAAAACGGGCAAUAUAUGAUCAAUAUGGAGAAGAGGGCUUGAAUGCCUCUUGUGACUCACAAAAUGGAGCCUCUCAUGGAUCAAGUGGUUCUAGUACUUUCUGUUUCAAUCCUCGAGAUGCCGAGGACAUUUUUUCUGAUUUCUUUGGGAGCAAUCCUUUCGGUUUUGAGAACUUGAAUCAUUCAAAAUCAACAAGGUUUCAGACAGAUGGUAGCGGCACUUUUGGUGGCUUUGGUGGUUCUGCAAACACCUUCAAGCCUAAGACUGAGGGAGCUGCUACUAGUACUCGUUUAAGGAAAGCGCCUGCUGUAGAGCGAAAGCUAGCAUGCAAUCUUGAGGAACUCUAUACUGGUACAAAGAGGAAGAUGAAGAUCUCCAGAGAAGUCAGAACUCCUAAUGGGCAAACAGUAGCAGAACAUGAAAUACUGACAAUCGAAGUGAAGCCAGGGUGGAGAAAAGGCACAAAAGUAACAUUUCCAGAGAAAGGGAAUGAAGAACUGAACCAAAUUCCUGCAGACCUAGUCUUUAUUAUCGACGAGAAGCCUCAUGAAGUAUACAAGAGGGAGGGCAAUGAUCUUGUUGUUCAUCAAAAGAUCUCACUGGUCGAUGCACUAGCAGGGACUACAAUAAACCUCAUAACCCUUGAUGGGCGUGAUUUGGUGAUCGACAUGACUGAUGUUAUCAAACCUAACUAUGAAUUGGUGAUUGAAAAUGAAGGAAUGCCCAUUGCACGAGAACCUGGCAAGAAGGGGAAGCUGAUUAUCAAGUUCGAUGUGAAGUUUCCUUCCAGAUUGACACUAGAGCAGCGUGCAGGGAUUAGAAGCAUCUUUGGAUAAUCAAGGUGCAGAUUGCUCUACCUCAGUUACCUUGCCAUAUUAUCAUUAUCACUAUUGUUAUUUUAUUUUUCACUGCUAUUAUGAUUUAAGCGCCAUGAUGUCUAUAAAAAUUUUCAUUCUCAUGUUGCAUUUUGAAAUCUUUACUGAUGAGUUAUGAUCACCCAAUUGCUGUAAUUUUAUGAAUUCAUUAAAGUAUCAACAUGAGCA